AUGUCUGAACAAACUAACCUUGAUGGAAAGAAAAGGGCCGAGUUUGUGAAGCAGAUACAUGAGAAAGCGAGGAAGAAUAUCGAGAGGCGUACGGAACAAUACACCAAGCAAGCUAACAAGGGACGUAUAGAGGUUGUUUUCAAGCCUAGGGACUUGGUGUGGGUUCAUAUGCGAAAGGAAUGUUUUUCUAGUCAGAGGAAGUCGAAGUUGAUGCCAAGAGGCGAAGGCCCUUUUCGGGUUCUUGAACAGAUCAACAACAACGCCUACAAAAUUAAACUUCCAGGUGGGUAUGGCGUUAGUCCUACUUUCAACGUUGCUGACUUUUCUCCUUUUGAUGCAGAUGAUGAACAAGAUUUGAGGACAAAUCCUUUUGAAGAGGAAGAGAAUGAUGAGGACAUCACUAGGACACAGGAUCGACCUCAUUCAAAUGUCCAAGAGGAGCUUCAAGUGCAAGGGCCAUUGACACGAGCUAGGGUCAAAAGACUGCAAGCGGCUUUCGUGCGUAUGAUUCAAGGGGAGUUCAGAAAUAGGCUAAUAAAACAUAUUAGUGGCCCAAACAUCACUCCAAGUCCAACCAACAACAAAGGCCCAAUGUUCAAGCCCACAAACUUAAUAAGGCUUCUUGAAAGCCCAAAAGAGGAGAUGAUGUAA